UUUUGAUCAAAGCUACACUCGUUUUUCAUUUAAGUACACCAAUGCUUGAAGGUCAUAAGAUUUACAUAAUAAGAAACUGAGAAUUAUCUGAAAAAAAAUGGCAGCUGAAAUCUUCAGCCAGGCUAAUGCUAAGUUCGUAGAUGAGAAUUACGAUGAGGCAAUUCAGCUAUACAGUGAUGCUAUUAGAGAAGACCAAUCAAAGGCAGAUUACUUUCUCAAUAGAUCACAUGCUUACUUCAAGAAACAACUGUAUGAUGAAUCCUUAAUGGAUGCUGCAAAAGCUGCAGAUAUUGAUGCCAGUAAUCCAAAAGCACAGCUGAGAAUGGGUAUUGCCUUUUACAACCUGGAAAACUACACAGAUGCCAAAAAAGCAUUUGAGAAAGGCUCUACAAUGGAUGCAUCUGACACUCAGUUCUCCACAUGGCUAUCUAAGUGUGCUGAAAAGCUUGAAACGUCCACAAAUGAGACCAAUAGUGUUAAACAGGACACUGCUACAGUACAGGUAGCUACCGAGGAAAAAGAAAGAAAGGCUGAACAACAGAAACCUAUUACACCUGCUGCUGUUGUUAAAAAGAAAUAUGACUGGUACCAGACUGACACACAUGUCAUUGUAACAGUGCUCUUGAAGGGAGUCCAGCCCGACCAGCUAGUAACAAAAAUUGAGGAAAGAACCUUACAAGUGACUGUGAAUGAUUUCCACAUUGAUCUGACACUGGCACAUAGAAUAUCACCAGAUCAGCGCACCACAAAAGUCAUGAAAACCAAGAUUGAAAUAAAGUUGAAGAAGGUGGAUGGUAUCAGAUGGAGUGCUCUUGAAGGAACUGUGGAGGAAGAAAACAAAGUAAAACACUUUACACCAGGUGGUUCAGCGGAAGACAGAGUGAAUAAGUACCCAAGCUCAGCACAUUGUACCAGAGAUUGGAAUAAAAUUGAGGCUGAAGUCAUAAAGGAAGAAAAGGAUGAAAAACCUGAAGGUGAUGCUGCUCUCAAUAAGCUUUUCCAACAAAUAUAUGCGGACGGCUCUGAUGAAGUGAAAAAGGCUAUGAAUAAAUCAUUUCAAGAAUCUGGCGGGACUUGCCUGAGUACAAACUGGCAAGACAUUGCUAAGAAAAAGACUGAAGUCAAACCUCCUGAUGGAAUGGAAUAUAAGGAAUACGAGAAUUGAUGAAAUACAUCAUAUCACUUUACUCAAAAUCAGUGUUAAUUAACUCAACAUCAGUGUGCAUGAUCUCAACAUCAAUUUAAAGUAUGAGUGUACUCAAAGAAAAUUCAUGAAUAUAUUCAAUGCUUACAUGUCUUACAUGUUGUGCCUGUGUAGCCUUCAACCCAAGUCAUUGAACGUUUAGCCUUAGUGAAAACAUUGAAGAAAACAGAUUUGCAUAUAUUAGGGAUGUUCCCUUCAAAACAGAAUGUUAUAAAUUGCAGAUGACUGUGAUCUUAACAUGUGAUUAAAAACCUGACUGAGGCGAUAAUUUGAAUGUUAACAGAGACUGUUGUAUAAUCAUGAACUGUUUCUGAAUGAUCCGUCUAAAAAGAUCAAGAUCUGCAGUUGAUGUAUUAUUUAAUGAAUUGUUUUUGAACAUGUGAAUUCAGCUUUGGGCACGAAUUACAAUGUAACAACUGUCAUUUGAAGCUUAAAGAGCAAGUCAGCAAAAAUCAUUCUCAUUGUUUUGAAUUUACCAUUUUAUAACAACAGGAUGUGUUUUCAAAUAAAAUUAAAAAUACCAUUUUCUAUUAAAAAAA